AAAAAAAGCUGAGAAACGCAUCCUCCCUAAAUAUUACUUUAAUUUUUUAGAGGUAUUACAUUAAGAAACAAACGAUAGUAGGGUAUAAAAUCAUCGACUUGUAGAAAACAUUAACAAAAUGUUUUCAUUUUGUCAUAGCCGGUUGAUUAUUACAGCAUUGCAUUAAUCCAAAGAGAGAUAAUGCUAAGAAAAUUAAGUAAACUAUCGACUUUAAAAGUCAGGUGUGAGCUGCGCCCUUUAUCCUCUCUUAGCCAAACCUCGCAAAACAUAUUCGACCGGAAUGCCAAGAGAUUGCAAAAGGAAAGAGCCGCCCUCAGUGAAGAUGUAGGAUUAUACGAUUACCUAAAGGAGGAAGUGGGUUUUCGCCUGGCAGACAGAGUUUUCGACAUCAAGCGAGAAUUCAAAGCGGCGGCGGACAUAGGAUGCAGUCGUGGUUAUCUGUCGAAACACAUCCUAGCGGAGAGCGUGGAGCAUCUAACCCUCACGGAUACCAGUGCCUCGAUGCUGGAGCAAGCGCAGGGAACUCCAGGUCUUAAAAUGUUAAAACUAGUCAAAGAUGAGGAGGAUCUAGAUUUUGAAGAAAAUUCCCUAGAUCUUGUCAUCUCUAGCUUGAGUCUGCACUGGGUAAAUAACCUGCCCGGCUGCUUCGCCAGGAUCAAGCGUAUUCUAAAACCGGAUGGUGUCUUCAUAGCCUCUAUGUUUGGCGGUGACACUCUGUACGAGCUCCGCUCGUCUCUCCAAUUAGCCGAACUGGAACGCAAAGGGGGAAUAUCCCCUCACAUUUCACCCUUUACCCAGAUCCGUGAUAUUGGAUCCUUACUGAAUCGUGCUGGUUUCACCAUGUUGACCAUAGACACCGAUGAAUUGGUCAUCGGCUAUCCCAGCAUGUUUGAGCUAAUGUGGGAUCUCAAGGGAAUGGCUGAGAACAAUGCGGCAUUUAAUCGGCCGGCCCAUCUUAGUCGGGAUACAAUGCUGGCGGCCAGUGCCAUCUAUCAGGAAAUGUAUGCCAAGCCCAACGAGCAGGGUAUACCAGCAACCUUCCAAAUAAUCUACUUUGUGGGUUGGAAACCCGGUCCCAACCAACCUCAGCCCCUCGCUCGCGGUUCAGGGGAGGUGUCCCUCAAGGACCUUGGCGCUGUCAUAGAAAAGGGUGGCAAGUUGGAUACCAAGGCGGGGGAUUAGCUUAGCUUCAGUUGACAGAUUUAUUUUGAAACGCUGUUGAACAUAAUUUAAACUAAAAUAAACAUAAUUCCUUUUGCUGAGAAACUUAAA